AUGGGACAGUUGGCUACUUUGAUGACAAAUCGUGCUCAAGGGAAGUUACCAAGCACUACUGAGGUAAACCCAAAAGAAUUGUGCAAUGCAAUGUCCUUGACGAGUGGCGAGGAGUUAAAAGAGCCAAAUGUGGUUGAUAAGGAGAAGGAACUACACAUCAAUAUUCUGUUUGCUGAGGCACUUGAAAAAAUUCCAAGUAAUGUGAAGUUUAUGAAAGAAAUUUUGUCAAAGAAAAGGAAGCUAGAGGACUAUGAAACAGUGGCACUUACUGAGGAGUGCAAUGUGAUACUUCAGAAGAAACUACCUCUCAAGCUUAAAGAUCCUGGUAGUUUCAACAUCCCAUGUUCUAUAGGGGUUUCAGUAGAAACAAAGGCUUUAUGUGAUUUAGGUGCCAGUGUGAAUUCAAUGCCUCUAUCUAUUUUUAGAAAGUUAAAAUUAGGAGAGGCUCGACCAACUACCGUGUCUUUGCAAAUGGCAAAUCGUUUAGUAAAGCAUCUGAGGGGUAUUAUUGAGGAUGUUCUAGUAAAGGUAGAAAAAUUCAUUUUCCCUGCAUAUUUUAUUAUUCUUGAUAUGGAGGAAGAUGAAAAUAUUCUCAUUAUUGUUGGAAGGCCAUUUUUAGCAACUGCCAGAGCCUUAAUAGAUGUGCAAAAAGGUUAA